UGUUAGUACUUUGUUAUCUCAUAAGUUGGUGAUUUGCUCAAAGACAGAUACGGGCCGAUGGAGACCAAAGCUAAACCGCCCCGACCGCCUCCCAAGCCCAAGUCAUUGUCAUCGACUGCUCUGAAAGUCCCAGGCCAGGCAACAACACCAGUGGUGGGAGGGAAACGAGGUCUGGGAUGGCCAUGGAAUCAGCCGGGGUCACAUUUCUCUCUAUACCAAGAGUACAUUGACUCGGGAAAGAUCUCAUGGGUCUUCAAUUGGGAGUUGUGGGUGCCGGAUUCGACACCGACGGGAGUGGAAUGGAUCCCCUGCGUACGGACGGCUGGCAAUGUGAAGGACGUCGAUCCGUUCCUGACGGACAUUAUCCGGCGUCGCGGAAUCAAAACGUCAGCACUUCUGGGCUUCAAUGAGCCCGAGAUUCCCCAACAGGCCAACCUAUCAGUCGAGCAGGCCGUCGACCUGUGGAAGCAGGUGGUGUUACCCGCAAAGGCCAAGUUCGACUUGCGGUUGGGAAGCCCUGGUAUGUCGAGUGACUUGGGCCGCAGCAAACCCUGGCUCGACUCGUUCCUCUCCCAACUCGCCGGUCACGAUGGAAUCGAUUUCUUGGUCCUCCAUUGGUAUGGUCCAUUAUUCUCCAACAUGCGCAAUUUUCUAGAGCUCAUGCACGCCUCUUACCCGUCGUGGCCCAUCUGGCUUAACGAAUUUGCUUGUUCGACGAUGAAUACGGGACAGUGCGCCUCAGAACAGCAGGUCCAGGACUUUCUACGAGACGCUCUCCCUUGGUUGGACGCGACUCCAUGGAUCGAGAGAUAUGCAUAUUUUGGAAACCAUGACGUUGGUGACUGGGUCGGUCGCGCCAGUAAUUUCACAGAGCCUGGCCCUGUGGUCGACGGAUCCAGCACUACCAGAUUGAUGAACGUCGCUAGACUAUAUUGCGAGUUAUGAUGUCGCUUUUACGACCUGACGACUACCUUAGAUUUCAUGUGGGGAUAUAAUGUGGAAAGGAUCAUGAUCUUGUUUAUUGCACUCGACCUUGGUCUAGGGAGUUGGUUAUCAUUUUGCUUAUCGUGUAAAAGUCAUUUCUAAGACACUCGGGAGGUGCCUGGUCCUGGUGUCGUCUAUGAG